GCUAGGAGACCUGAAACAGGUUGCAAACAGCCUUUUGAAGACACUUAACUUUUGGUAAUACCCAAAUUAAAACAAAACUGUAACUGAGUCAUCGAAGAAAAGUGAGAGCUGUCUAAUCUGACAACCAGGAAAAAAAUGUCCUGCGCAGCUUUGCUGGAUGACAAAGUCAGACCAAAGUCUAUGAGUCGAGCAAAAAAAUGGACGGAUGAAGUAGAGAAUCUCUACAGAUUUCAACAAGCAGGGUACAGGGAUGAGGUGGAGUAUAAGCGAAUAAAACAAGUGCAGAUUGACCGGUGGCCCGAAACAGGGUUUGUGAAGAAGCUUGAACGACGAGACAACACUUUUUAUUACUACAACAGAAAGCGGGAGUGUGAGGACAAAGAAGUCCACAAAGUCAAGGUGUAUGCAUACUGACAACAGUCGCUGCUAGCACUCCCCCAGUUCUCGCCAUCGUCUUGGUUUCAAACCUUGUUUUACAUGACGACAGACACACAUGUGCUUACUCUUCAUCUCAUCGUAUACUUAUUUGAUUGUUCUGAUGUGAAUAAAUAUUACUCAGGUUGCUAUGGGA